UUCCGGAGAGCGGGGCCCGUCCCGGCCGCCAUCUUGGGCCGGCUCCGGGGGCUGCGGCGGCGGCGGCGGCGGCGGGGCCCGGAGCCGUUGGCGGCGGAGCGGGUCCCUCCAUGGGAAGAUGCAGCGGGCGGGGGCGGAGGAGGCGGCGGGGUCGCAGGCGGCGGCGGGGGGGCCCGGGCGGAGCGGGGCCGGGGUGGCGGCGGCCCCCGCCGGGCGGCUCCUGAGGCGGGAGCUGCGGCUGCUCGAGUCCAUCUUCCACCGGGGCCACGAGCGGUUCCGCAUCAGCAGCGCCUGCCCCGACGAGAUCAGCUGCGAGUUCGUGCCGGGAGCCGCCGGGGCCCGCGCCGGCGGCUCGGGCUCCCGGGGGCCGCCGCCGGGGCCCGUCCGCAUCCACUGCAACAUCACGGAGUCUUAUCCAGCUGUUCCCCCAAUAUGGUCUGUGGAGUCAGAUGAUCCAAACCUGGCAGCUAUCCUGGAGAGGCUGGUGGAAGUCAAGAAAGGAAAUACGCUGCUUUUGCAGCACCUGAAGCGAAUAAUCUCAGACCUGUGCAAACUCUACAACCUUCCCCAACAUCCAGAUGUUGAAAUGCUGGACCAGCCUCUGCCGGCAGAACAGAGCACACAGGAAGAAGUGUCCUCUGAAGAGGAAGAUGAAGAGAUGCCAGAGGACACUGAGGACUUGGACCACUAUGAAAUGAAAGAGGAAGAGCCAGCAGAUGGAAAAAAGACAGAGGAUGAAGGCAUUGGGAAGGAAAAUCUCGCCAUUUUAGAGAAAAUAAAAAAGAACCAGAGGCAAGAUUACUUAAAUGGUGCAGUGUCUGGGUCUGUGCAGGCCACUGACCGGCUAAUGAAGGAGCUCAGGGAUAUUUACCGAUCACCAAGUUUCAAAGGCGGAUACUAUGCAGUUGAACUAGUGAAUGACAGCCUGUACGAUUGGAACGUCAAACUCUUGAAGGUUGACGAGGAUAGCGCUUUGCACAAUGAUCUCCAGAUCCUCAAAGAGAAAGAAGGAACAGAUUUCAUCCUCCUAAACUUCUCCUUUAAAGAUAACUUUCCUUUUGACCCACCGUUUGUAAGGGUUGUGUCCCCUGUGCUCUCAGGGGGGUAUGUUCUGGGUGGCGGUGCCAUCUGCAUGGAGCUGCUUACAAAGCAGGGCUGGAGCAGUGCGUACUCCAUCGAGUCCGUGAUAAUGCAGAUCAGCGCCACCCUGGUGAAAGGGAAAGCGAGAGUGCAAUUUGGAGCCAAUAAGAAUCAGUACAGCCUGACAAGAGCACAGCAGUCCUACAAGUCCCUGGUUCAGAUCCAUGAGAAAAAUGGCUGGUACACACCGCCCAAGGAAGAUGGCUAGCACUGAUACUUGGAUACUGCAGGACCAAUUUGAUUAUCUUCUGAAUGCUGUACUUGGAUCUUAAGAUGCCUCUUUGGCUUUCUCCCAGGAUGUAAUAGCUCUGCCUGUUGCAGGACAAUAAUGGCUGUUAUAAACUCUAAAGAAACUGUUUAAGCAGUUGGACUGACCUAAAACACUUGCUGGACCCUUGCUAGCAGGCAUUCUUAUUAAAACAAACUUUUGAGCCUCUUGUAUCGCUGGAAACUUUUGACUCUACUCCAGUCUAGAGCAUCCUCCUUACCUAUGCUAUGGAUUUAAUUUAUUUUCUUAUUUCAUGUACACUGCUUUUUUUUGUUACAGUGUAUGAUGGAUGUGUAUGGAAAAUGUAUCUUUGGAGAAAAAUUACAGUUUGUUAAUUUGAAGAUGCUGGUCUGACUAAUUUUUUCCAAGCUGCUGUCGGGUGCAAUUCUACCCUCUGCUGGCAGCAGCAUGGAGCAAACCAGUUUGCAGUGGCUUUGCCAUGCUACAUCUUCAACACUGCAUCGGGCUGGUUCAGUUGCGAGGCAGUAAACGGAGUGGAGGGCCUGUGAAGGGGCUGUGUUGGCGGUGGGGGUAAAGGAAUAGCCAAAGCCUGCUUGGUGUCAACACUUCUGCGAUUUUCAUGGACAAGCCAAGUGGGAAAGUCUGGUACAAACUCUCUUGGAAGAAAGAAACCCUUCUUUCCAAGCAACAAAGGAGCAGGGCUUCCAGACUUUUCUCUUUAUAAACUGCAGACUUUUACACCUUGGGAAGCAGAGAUGGAAAGAUCUGUAAGUUACCUGUGCCCUGCUGUGGAUGAAUGGUUUGUACGUGCAUCUAAGGGCUGCCAGCUCUCACCACCAACUGUUCUCUUCAGUGUCCUGUGUUGCUAAGCAGUGAGAUAGAGAUGAGCAGAGGCUCGAUUGUGAUAAACCUGGAGCAAGCUGCAGCAGUUUUUGCCUGUCUCACCCUGCUAAAUGCGUGGGGUGGGAAAGGCGGGUGAGCAAGCUGAAUAUGAUAGAAGACAAGCCUGUAUUUAUGCCUCUGCACUGUGGUGCUGGUGAGUUGAGCAUGGCAACUGGUUAAUUACGAUACCAAGCAGUGUCCUGUAGCUCUUGACUCCAUUUCAUUAAAGUGGGAUCUCCUUCGCUGGCACAACCCUGUGCACUCAGCUAUGCGAGAUCAGCCCUUGGCUCAGUACCUGCAGUGCCGUACUAUAAACGACAGCUACUGAAUGAAGGUGGGCACCAGGCUCGGGCCGGGAGCACUGCGUGUAAACCGCAGCUCCGUGCUGCGCAGAGGCCGGUCUUGCUCAGAAGGGCUUAGUGCCUGUGCUGCCUCUUACUGUCUUCUGGGAGCUUCCUGACCUGCAAUAUCAGACUGGAGCAAGUGGCACCAGUUCUGUAGAUUUUAUUUAUUAUUUCCUCAUGAAUCUUGUGCUAUCUUUCCGAGCCUGCUGUUCCCGCUCUGCUCAGCGAUACAGGGCUAAGCUGCAGCAGUUAAUGGAAAGCCUUUGUACAGAGGGCUCCAGUCAUGCCCUACUGCUCAGGUCCUGUUCCUUGCUUGCAUCUCACCAACCCUGUAUUUAGGUUGCUGGAAAGAGAUUUUGGUUCCAUGGUUGCUCUAACUUUUGGUGUAAAGUCCUAGGCUGUAGGGCAUAGCUGACUCACUCAGUGUCAAAUCCAGCUAUCAGUAUUAAUUCAUUGUAUUUAAAUAAAAGUUAUUAGAAAAUCAAA